GUGAAUAGCAAAUAGUAACAAGAAGCAGCAAAUAAACAAAGCUUAUGAAGAAAAAAAACGCGAAAAAAUUUAGUGAAAAUUUUUUAAUUUUUUUUAAUAAAAUAACUCUAAAAAUACCAAAUUCUAUAUAAUAUAAUAAAAAAAGAACUAAAAACAAAUAAAAUGUCUAACAGUAACACGGAUACGGGUGAUACUUUUCUUUCGAAUGAAUUAAACCAGUGUCCCAAUGAAACGUCACCUCUUACCACCGCCGGCUCAGCAGCUACAACUCAAAAUGAAUCCAAAGGGAAAUUAAUUAUAGGCAAUAUAGAACCCAUAGAAUGUGUUACCCUAAUAAGUGAUGAUUCCGAUACCGAACCUUCACCUAAACGUAAAUCAGCUGCAGGGGCAGCAGCAGGUAAUUUAAAUAAUAGUGGUAUUAAGAAAUGCACAGGAGACGAGGAUUCCAAUGAUGCUCAGCGCACUGCCGAAGAAAGACGUACAAGUCGGCGCAUAAAGCCUCGAGUGGAUUAUACCAAUAAGACUACUACUAACAAUGCAAAUGAUGAAAAACCUGCCACUCCCUCUUCGGGUAAUUUGGGUAAUAAUUUGUUGGGUUCUGCCAGCACUAAAUCAGAAACAAAAACUAAAAAAUCAGAUUCCUUAAAAAGUCCCUUUGCCAAAGAGAUAACCGAUCCCCGAGAAGCUGCGGCAGCAGCUGCCGAAGCCUAUAAAGAGAUUCUAACCGGUUUGGAGGGUGCUGCCUUUCAGUCUCGCUUACCCUUUGAUAAAAUGACUUCUAAUGAGGCGGCUUGUUUUCCAGAUAUCACCAAAACUGGGCUAGUAGCUCAAAGAGUGUUCCUUAAUAUACGCAAUCGUUUAUUGCAAAUGUGGAUAGAAAAUCCCAAACAACAGCUUAUACUAGAAAAUGCCAUUAAAGAUAUGGAACCACCCUUUGACAGUGAUCCGAAUCUAGUUAAGCGUAUACAUUCCUUUUUGGAACGUCAUGGUUUCAUUAAUUUUGGUAUAUUCAAACGUUUGCGCCCUAUACCCGUCAAAAAACUAGGCAAAGUUAUUGUUAUAGGAGCCGGCAUUUCCGGGUUGGCGGCUGCCCAACAAUUACAGCAAUUUGGCAUGGAUGUUAUAGUACUAGAGGCUAGAGAUAGGGUAGGAGGACGCAUAGCCACCUUUCGCAAAAAUAACUAUAUAGCUGACUUGGGCGCCAUGGUUGUUACCGGGGUGUGGGGUAAUCCCAUGACCAUUUUAAGCAAACAAGUAGGCAUGGAAAUGGUUCCUAUCAGACAAGCCUGUCCUUUAUACGGGGCCGGCGGCAAGCCGGUGCCCAAACAUAAAGAUGAUAUGGUGGAGCGUGAAUUUAAUCGUCUACUAGAAUCAGCCAGUUAUCUAUCGCAUCAAUUGGAUUUCAAUUAUGCUGGCAAUAACCCAGUCUCCUUGGGCCAGGCUUUAGAGUGGAUUAUAAAACUCCAGGAAAAGGCUGUCAAAGAAAAACAAGUACAACAUUUAACUCAACUUUGUGAAGCCCAAAAGGCCAUCAUAGAAAGUCAAACGAAAAUAUCAGAAGUUUUACAACGCAUCAAUCAUUUAAAGCAGUUGCAUGCCAAGCUACUACGCACGCGUCCCACCCGCAGUGGGGAAGCGGAUAAUACAUAUAUAGAGCAUGAAUUUGAAACACGUUCCACCUAUUAUGAAUGGUCGAAGGCAGGUAAACUGUAUGAAGAGCUAAUGAAAGAGGAUGAAAUGCUGCAGAAUAAACUAAAGGAAUUGGAAGCCAACCCGCCCAGUGACGUUUAUUUAUCCUCAAAAGAUCGUCAGAUCUUAGAUUGGCAUUUUGCCAAUCUCGAGUUUGCCAAUGCCACUCCGCUCAGCAACUUGUCGCUCAAACAUUGGGAUCAAGAUGAUGAUUUCGAAUUUAUAGGCAAUCAUACCACCGUACGCAAUGGUUAUUCCUGUGUACCCAUAGCCCUAACCGAGGGUCUCGAUAUACGUGUUAAUACGGCAGUGAAAACUAUAAAAUAUUUCCCUACAGGAGUGGAGAUAGUAGCGGAAAACUUAAAAACCAAUAAUUCCUCAGUAACCUAUAAAGCUGAUUUGGUUUUGUGUACCCUAACACUGGGUGUAUUGAAAAUAGCCACCGCCAAAGUGCAAUCUCAACAAACGAAUACGGUGAAAUUUGAACCACCGCUGCCCGAUUGGAAACAACAGGCUAUACAGCGUUUGGGUUUUGGCAAUUUAAAUAAAGUUGUCUUGUGUUUUGAUCGUAUUUUCUGGGAUCCUAAUACUAAUUUGUUUGGUCAUGUAGGCAGUACCACUGCCAGUCGUGGUGAAUUGUUUCUAUUCUGGAGUAUUUCAUCGUCACCGGUUUUAUUGGCUCUGGUGGCGGGCCAAUCGGCUGCCAUAAUGGAAAAUGUUUCGGAUGAUGUUAUUGUGGGACGUUGUAUAGCUGUAUUGAAAUGUAUAUUCGGUAAUGGUUCAGUGCCCCAACCCAAAGAGACGGUGGUAACACGCUGGCGUGCUGAUCCCUGGGCAAGAGGUUCCUACAGUUUCGUUUCGGUGGGUUCUUCUGGCAGUGAUUAUGAUCUUCUAGCUGCUCCAGUUAUACCACCCAACCCCAACAAUCCUAAUCCCAAUCAAGAACUAGAUGAACUGCCACGCCUUUUCUUUGCCGGCGAACAUACCAUACGCAACUAUCCCGCCACCGUACAUGGAGCAUUCCUUAGUGGUCUACGUGAAGCGGGACGUAUAGCUGACUAUUAUUUGGGCUAUCCGGAGGGCACUCCAGCGGAUAUAGGCUAUUCGGUGGUAGAAGCUGCCAACACUGCCUCUGUGGGUGAUACUGUCGAUUUAGUGGAUAUUGCUCAUUCUUCUUCGGAUUCCUCAUCUAAGACUUCGGAUGAGAAAUCCAAUCCUGCCGAUUCCAUUGAGUGAAAUUUUGUAUUUCUUUAGAUUCCUUUUUAUUCAAAAUAAGUUUUGCAAUCCUUUGUUUGGUUGACUUUGUUAUAGUAGUUUUUAGUUUUUUUACUUAAAUUAAAUUUAUGUUAAUAUUUUUAGAUUCUUAUUUUA